AUGACCGUUACAAAGGAAGACCAAAAGGAGGAAAAAGAGUUGCUUGAGAAGGCUAUAAUGUACCCAAAGUCAGCUGGUUCUGGCCACUUUGUUCAAUGUGUAGCACUUCAACAACUAGACUGGAAAAAGUUCCCAGAUGGCUGGCCAAACCUUAAUAUACAGGAUAUCAAACAAGUUUGUGAAGGGAAAGAUGUUAUUUUCUUGGGCAGUUUUCAUUCACCAGAARUUGUGUUUGAGCAGCUCUCUUUACUUUAUAAAAUUCCAAGAUCUCUUGCUCGUUCUUUCACUUUUAUUCUUCCAUAUUUUCCCACUGGUACAAUGGAGAGAGAGGACUCUGAAGGUCAAAUCGCAACUGCAAAGACACUAGCCACACUACUAUCAGCUAUCCCACUGACAGCGAGAGGUCCAUCUCAGAUUGUAAUAUUUGAUAUCCAUUGCCUACAGGAGAGAUUCUAUUUUGGUGACAAUGUAAUACCAAGACUGGAAUCUGCAAUACCUCUUCUUCAGAGAGAACUAAAGUCCCUGAAAGGAGAAAGCUUAAGCAUAGCAUUCCCUGAUGAAGGUGCAUUUAAGAGGUUUCAGUCCAUGUUUCAAGCUUUUCCCAAGAUUACUUGUAUCAAGAUACGUGACGGCGACAAGAGAAUUGUCAAAGUUAAAGAAGGUGAGCCUAAAGGUCAACAUGUGAUUAUUGCGGAUGAUUUGGUCAUGACUGGUGGGACACUAAUACAAUGCGCUAAGGCAUUACGUGCGGCAGGAGCGCUAAAGAUAAGUGCUUACGUAACCCACCCUGUCUUUCCCAAGCAGUCUUGGAUGCAAUUCACGAACUGYGAAGUGCCUUUUGAAAACUUUUACAUCACAGACUCGGUGCCACAUGCUCAAGAAAUUUCCCAGCAUGCUCCAUUUAAGUUGUUG